UGGCGGUGGGGGCGUGUCCUGCCCCCGGAAGCGGAAGUGCGCAGCGCUGCUCCAUCCGUCGGUCGCUCCGUGGUUCGGCCCGUCCGUCGGUCCUCGGGGGCCGCUCCCCUUCUGCCGCUAGCGGGGCCCUCCCUGGGGGGGUCCCGGCGGCCCCCGCGGCGUCCCCCACGAUGCCGGCGCUGCUCGAGCGGCCGAAGCUGAGCUCGGCCAUGGCGCGGGCGCUGCACCGGCACGUCAUGGUGGAGCGGGAGCGCAAGCGGCAGGAGGAGGAGGAGGUGGACAAGAUGAUGGAGCAGAAGGUGCGGGAGGAGCAGGAGCGGCGGCGGAGGAAGGAGCUGGAGGAGAGGAUGUCCCUGGAGGAGACCCGGGAGCAGCUGCUGAAGCUGCAGGAGAAGUUGGGGGCUCUGCAGGAGGAGAAGCACCAGCUCUUCCUGCAGCUCAAGAAGGUUCUGCACGAGGAGGAGAAACGGCGCCGCAAGGAGCAGAGUGACCUGACGACGCUGACAGCAGCCGCGUACCCCCAAAGUUUGGGGGUCCCAGGGGCUCAUCUGCUUGGCAUGGCAGGCAGCCCAGGGGGUCCCCGCUCGGGGCUCAUCGGGGCCGACAGGGCCAAGCAGAUGUUCGGACCCCCCGUGAUCAGUCCUCGUCACUUCGGGGCUCAGCCGCCCUUCGGCGGGGGAGGGGACCCUGCGGCCUUCGGGGGAGGCCAGGGGUCCCCACCCCCACUCGCCGUGGGGCAGAGCCAGGCCCCGCCCCCCUCCCCCGCGCAGCCCCAGCUACGGAGGGCCCAACAGCUGAGGGCCCCUGCUGCAUUCCCGGCGCUGCCGUUCCUGCCCCAGCAACCACCAGGGGGCGCCUUCGGCCUCCAUGGGCACUUCCCACCAGCCCAGUCAGGGUUCCUCCCCCCCAGCUCGUCCCUCCCCCUGCAGAAGCAGCUGGAACAUGCCAACAGCCAAUCAGGAUUCAGCGAUGCUGCACUGCAUCCCGGCCCUGCCCUCCUGCCCAGCCCCCAACUGCCCGUCCCCAUCCAGGAGCAACCCCAAGGUCUGGGGGAAUGGGCCAGCACUGCCCUUCCCGCCCCCCUCGCCGCCUCCCCGGCAGUUUCCCCCACGGCGCCGCCCCCAACCGCCCCCUCCCACGCCCGGCACGGCCCCUUCCUGCCCCACGGGCAGGGCCAGCGCUUCUACCACAAGUGA